UACAGUCUUCAGGCAGAAUUCAACCAAGCAACACAGAAUAUCAGUUUAUGGACUAAAAUAGCCCAUAAAUAGUCAAAAAACGUGGAUAUUGGAUUUUAUUGUUAUUCAGUUGGAUUAGGAAUAGAUCAUUUAUGAAACUGACAUUUUAUAAUAGCAUUGGUUAGGAUUUUAUAGCAGUAUGCGACCCAGGAAGGAUUAAUUUAAUUCUGGAGUAAUUAGUUUAAUAGCAGUGUACAAAGGGGAUAUAGGUUAGAUGUGCGUAUAUCAGCUCAGAUGGGUAAAAACGGCAAAUGAAAGAAAAUUCACCAUCAGGCCACCGUGUGGCGCCACCUGCUAACCGAGUGAACCAAUCACAGCCUAGCUUCCAGGAAGACGAAACUGACUGGGACUUUGGAGUCGGCGAUCUAAUAAUUGAUCUCGAUGCCGAUUUAGAAAAAACGUCACCCCAAAAAACUCCUUCCCCUAAAAUGAGUGGGAAUAAUAUGGAACAUCAUGCAACGGUCGAUGGAUCUAAAGGACUCAAAAUGAAAAUAAAACGUAAAAAUAUGAAUCAGAAAACACCAGACCCAAAACAUGAACUUGUGAAGCCUGAGCACAAGUUUGGAUUGAGUGGGACGGAGAGUAGUAAUACGAUGGGAAAUAGUCCCGGCAAGCAUGGCCUCGGAUUGUUUGGAACUACAGGUGCCAAUAAUAUAAACUCUCCCGAUAAACUCAAACAUAGUCCCGUAAGUGAUAAAUUCAAACCUAGGGGGACAUCUAACAAAAAAGACAAAAGUAAAGAGAAAAACAAUGCCCAUGUUUCCAAUGGAAACCCAUUUUUAAUGCCCACUACAACAUUGACAAAUAGCGAUGGGAUUAGUGCCGGCUUAAACACAGACAGUAUUUUACCCUUUGGAAUUAAAAGCGGAGUAGCCAAUGACCCUUAUGAAUUCAACGCUAAAGACGAAGAUAGAUCAAUGACUACAUUUCCAAUGAAGAACAAUAGGAAAUCAGAAAAGAGUGAGUCUGAGGGUGUUUCACCCCAGGGUCAAGGUGCCACACCUGCCACCCCACAGACUUCUACCCCCCAGUCCACCCCAGUGCCACAGCCUCCUGCAGAUACCAAGAAAGAUGUUGCUGUGGAAACCAGCUCCAUCGCCACGGCAACCGAUCCAGAUUGUUUUGGCCCCUGCGAGCCGGGUACAAGUGUAACACUGGAUGGUAUUGUCUGGAACGAAACAGAAAAUGGUAUGUUGGUGGUGAAUGUCACAUGGCGAGGCAAGACAUAUGUAGGGACUCUCCUAGAUGCAACCAAACACGAUUGGGCCCCACCAAGGUUUUCCUGUGACUCCCCUUCCAGUGACUUAGAAGCACGUCCUGCGAAUCGUCGUGGAGGCAAGAGAGGGCGCACUGUAUCUAGCAACAAUGAUGUGCCCCCUGCAGAUGGCCCCCAAAGUAGGAAAUUACGCAAAGGAAGACGUGGAACUGCCAAUUCUGCUAAUUCGGGAAACUUCCAGGCGCCGCCAAGUCCAGCUAAAUCUGACGUAUCAGCCCCGUCUAGCGGCGUUAAACGUAAAGGACGACCAGCUGAUAUAGAUCUCUCAAACAGUGCUGAGGAUGGUAAACUGUUCAAACGCAGCAGGUCUAAUUCCCGUGGCACCCCCAGCAGUGCCACUGCACCCCCAGAGCCAAGUCCUGGCCCUGGAGGAUUAAUUGAGUGCCCAGAGAAAAACUGUAAUAAGAAAUACAAACAUAUAAAUGGACUAAGGUAUCACCAAACACAUGCACAUCUAAACAGUACGGCAGCCACAGAGGUUGAGACUGAAGAUAAAGGGGAUGAUGAGAGAGUUCCUACACCUUCUCCUCAACCAUCUCCCCAACCCAAGUCAACUACAACUACUAGUUCUUCCAAUAAAACACCUACAUCCGCUGCAAAAACUGUUCAAAAAUCAGAAACUCAGGAGAAAAAGUCAGAGACCACAACUGUGACAUCACAGUCACAGUCAACCCCUGGUAGUGCCACAACAGGUAAACCUAACCAGGACACAAACUCUGCAAACACCAGUAUGUCAAAUAAUAAAAAUGCUUCAAAUAAAGGACCUUCUAGUGCCAAAGUUGCUAACAAAUCUAGUGUAUCUCCCAUUCAAGGGAAACAAGAAUCAAAGACAGUAGUAACCACCAGCAGUAGCCAUGGUAACAGUCAGAUGUAUCAUAUAUCAGGCAGUACGGUGCUCAACAAUGGCGUCAUCGGGUCAGUAACGACCCCGGCGUCACAACACACAGGCACCAAGGUUGUCACGGCAACUUUAGCCAAUAUACCAGUGGCAGACACUAUAGCUAUAACUUCAACAGAGAAUAAAAAAUCAAAGACUGAUAAGGACAAAUCGAAGUUAAAAAACAAUCAAGGGAGAUCUGUAGCUCCCUCACAUACUACAGUAACUCAGUCGAACACUACCCCAGCUAUGUCACACAAACAGGUCUCCCCUCCCCUCAAGCCUAUCCAACCUAGGCAAGCCAAUGACAGUGCAGUGAACCCAGCCAUAGCAGCAAUUAAGGACCGUAAGCCUAAAGCGAAAAAGAGUAAAAAGGAGCGUGAUCAAAGUGGUUCCCCUAAGCUAGAAACAGCUGCUGAUCUCUCCAAGUCUUCUCAAGUGAUUAAAUCUGCUCCACCUGCCAAACUUCCACAUAGUAACAGUCCUCGACAACCACCACCCCCACUCAUAAAGAAAGAAAAAGUAGACUCUAAUUUAAAUUCAGCCCCUGUCCAAGGCAGGUUGGGGACUAUGCGUGUCAACUCACCAUUGAAUGUUCAGACUGAACGUGACCAUACAGAAGACAAUGUACAGAGCCCAGCAUACUCAGAUAUCUCAGAUGCUGCCGACUCAACCCCUCCUUUAGAUACUGAGAGUGUUGUUAAGAAACUUGAGGAGACCGUUAAAGGUGAAGCUAAUAAAGCCAAUGCAGAACAUAGACCAGAGCAUAAUAUCCCAGGUGGUUAUAGUGUAUACCCCCCUUAUUAUAAUAACCAAACCCCCUAUAUGAUCCCUGGUCUAUCGGGGAACAACACUCCACAGUCGUCCCCUAGUUUACCUCCAAUGACGCCACCUAUUCAGUCAGCGCAACCUGCACAAGCUACGCCAAAUGUCACCCCCCAGCCCCAGUCUCAGGCAGACUCAGUUAAGAAACCACCAGUUGAAUCCCGACCAAGCAGUAGCAAUAGUAUACCAAGUGAAGCCAAACCUAAAGUGGAAGAAGCGACCAAUGGUGAUAAAGGUGAUAAGAAACUUGAGGAUGUUGGUCAUGAGAGACUUAGUGAGCUUCAACAACAGCAACAGCAGAUGAUGCUUCAGCAGCAGUAUGCCCAAGUCCAGUAUCAGCAGUAUCUAACUGCUUAUGGCCUUGUUGAUCCAGCUUAUAUGCAGAUGAUAGCAAGUGACCCUAGGUAUAAAGAACAACAUGAAAAACUAAUGGAAGAACAUGAGAAACGCAGAAAAGAACUUGCCAGGCAACAGGGUGCUGACCCCAGUGCUAACCCCAAUCCUAAUCAAACUCCAAAUAAGAUGGAACCUCGCUCAGAAAGUCGAGGUCCACCUAACAAACCAAGCAGUAGUACCUCAAGAUUAACACCCACGAGAGACCUACCUACUGAUCUCCGCCAGGACCCUGCUAAGUCCAACAUGGAUAAGGAGAAAAGGCAGGAGAACCAUCAGAUAAUGAAGGAGAGUAUAGAGCUAAAGAAACAGAUGGAUCCUAAGGCAGAGCAUAGAGAACUUGCUGAUGUGAGGAAUAGACAACAGAAGGAAUUGGAGAGGUUCUAUAUGUACCAACAGCAUCAAGCAUCUGCAAGACGUGACCUUGACCAAAAAGACCUUGGGAAUCUGGGGAAGCCCUCUACCCAAUCAGGACCUGUUGAACGUAGACAUGUUGAAGUAAAACAAGAAAAGCCAGAAGCCAAGCCCUCUGCGCCAACUAGAGAUCAACGUAUGGAGAACAUAAAGAGAGAGGAGAAGGGAGGUCCAGAACAUAGACUUAGUACUGAGAAACCUCAACAACACAGUCGUCCAAGUAGUCGUGAUAGAGAGCGGCCACGUCAUGAUGACAGAAAUUCUAGUCCUGUAGAUCUAGGCAAAGGGGGCAAAGAAGGACAAGUGCCCAUGGGAUAUCCCUAUAUGUCUCCUGCUGCAUAUCCAUAUGGGCCACUCUAUGGGGGAAUGGGGGGUCCAGCAGUAAUUGGAUACUCUGGUCACCCUAGCUAUAUCCACCCAGCACAAAUGAGGUACCAGCUCCCAGGGGGCCCAGGACAUAAUGAAAAAGACAUUGCUCGUGAGAAAGCUACAGCCCCUGGCCCCCCUCGCGAAGCAGCUACUCCCCCUAGAAAAACAGAAUCACCCAAAGCUUUAGACUUAUUCAAACAACGUGCAUCUCAUUAUUACAACUCUCCUCAUAAAAUACAUGAACUUGAGCAACAGGGUCAUCCUAGAUCCACAGCUCCCCAAACGGCACCUAAGUCAACCACACCUACAUCAUUGAAUAGUAGCACAUCGGAGUCAGGAGCUAAAACCCCCAGGGAGUACCAGAACUCACCCCCAACUCAGAGGCACCUACACCAACAUCAUCACAUACAUCAGAUUGGGGGCUACCCACCACCCAUGUACGAUCAUUAUGGAGCUUUGAUCACCCCAAGUACAGCAGUUGCAUCAGCCAUCCCCGGGGGUCCAAACCUACCCCCCACAGCAGCCAUACCUCCAACUGCAGCCCCGCCACACCCCUUUAUACCAAAAUGAGGCUGGACUAAAACUUAGUUGAUUAAAAUGUGGAAUACUUGUGAAAUGGAAAAGACGAUGGAGUUAAUCUAGAACAUGGAUUAGAUUAUCAGAUUAGUAUAUGGAUGAUAUAAUACACCUUAUUGUAUAUGAAAUAACAGAGCUAAUCGGAUUUAUAAAAUGACAGGAGAUUGUAUUAGUGUUGAACGCAACAUCACAAGUUUGGAUUACUGACAUUUUCAUUUCAAAACGUCACAUUGGAUAUAUUUUAAUACACGGAAUAACUCCAGACGUGGGAAUAAACCUUAUCGAAAAUGCAAGUGUCGUUUGUUAAUUGGAACAGAAAUGGAUAUUGCGAUGAUGAAUAUCCCUCGUGGGAUUUGGAUAGAGAACUUCUUUAAACCUAACCGCGCAUCUAUUCUAAUCAGCGUAUUGCAUCUCAUUCUGAAAUGAUCUCACAAAUUAUAAACGCAAGUAAAAGAUUUAUGAAUUCUUGAUUGCAUUUCUUUUAAAACUGCUGGGAUUUUAGCCACUGAUAAACAGUGUAACGUUGAAAAGAACUGUACUGACAGUUUUCAGCACAACAUUUGGAUAUUAUAUUACCAAGUGACAGAAAACAAAACAAUAAACAAAGGAUAUGGGUGUCUCUAAGAGACUAGAAACCAACCACAGAUCGAUGUGGCAUCCUCUUAGGAGUAUUAUUGGAUUACGCAUAAACACACUCGGUGUGACAUUUUAGACCUGGUGAAAGAAUC